GCGCCGGAGGCCUCGUGCUGGGCCGAUCCAACACUAUGACUGAAAUGAUGACUUUCCUUCCAUCAAGGCUAAAUCAUUGUUGUUCUGUGCACACCAGGAAUCUGAGUGUGUAGAAAAUGCACAACAGGCCCAGAAGCAAACGAACGCUGCUGAGCUGGACUCUGAUUGGAGCGGGAGGCUCGGCCACGUUAGCAUCUCAGGGUUGUGUCGUCUCGGUUCCUCUUCCUCAUCGCUGACUGCAGGACGCCUCCACCUCCGCCUCCACCUCCACCUCCACCUCCUGCUCCGCUGAGCUCUGUGUUUUGGCAUCUGGGCGACGGCAGGUAUGUGAGCGCUGCCUCAUCGCUCACCACCUCCAGCAGGUCCACUGUCACAGCUGCAUCACCUGGUGAACGACGAGGGUCAGAGGUUCUGUUAGAUGAAACAGCAGCAUCUCCACAAACACGCAAACUGUAAAUGUACUUUGGCCUGAAAGCUAAUCGUCCAUAAAAAGCUCCAGGCGAUUAGUAACGUUCUCGCCAGGUAUUUCAACACCUGGCGCAGAGUCUGUGAGCAGCCAAUCAGUGAAGUGCCACAUGUGACACACCCUCACUCAUUAAUCACAGCCUGGAAAUACGAUCAGUCACACGGAUCCUCUGAUAAACAGCAAGCGUCACGUGAUCCGUCAGAUAGUCUUUGUGACAUAACAUCCACAGGCCGGACGAUGACCUCAGGUCAGACUCAUUAGCUUAGACCUGAAAGGCCCCAGGCUGAACCGGGCCAUCCACAUAGAACCCAACCGCUCCACCACAUCAGACCGGGCCGGAGGGAAGCGUAACGGGUCGCAGGAAUGAUGCAGCUGUGCACUCAGGGAACUGUCCCUGCUGUGGCUCUGAAGAGUGAUGAAGGGAAAUCUGUCAGCGGCCCUCCAGGCCCCAGGAGCCUGCAGGAAUGCUUCAGGGCCGGUACCAGGUAUGAAUGUGACACCAGGCUGAACCUGUGACGCCGUUCUUCAACACUUCAUGCACCGCUGCAACCGGCAAACUGAUACGGUGCCGGGCUGCGGGCAGACGAGGCCUCUCCCGUAUCAGGACCGCUGAUCUGCUGCACAGGACAAAGGGACGUUGAGCCUGCAGCCACGACAAGCUGCAGCUUCCACACACUCACCUUCUGUUUGUUAAACUUAGACGAAGCUAGAACCUCUCCUGACUCAUCUGAUCUCUCUCUGUUGCCUCACAGCAACAAGGUGGAGUCUGCCUGAUGCGUGGUGAGAACCCUGACAGAGGCAGGUGGAGGCUCGUCUGUGCUCCACACAGUCUGAUAAACAACUUUACCUGCUGUUUACAAAGAAGCAAAGCUUUCUCGUGGUUUCAUCAUCAUUAGAACGGGAUGUGUUUGUUCCUGCAGCGUAUUAACCUGCCUGGUGCAGCAGAGGGCGACAUCAGAGCUGCUGAUUAGUGAUGGGUCAAACUGUGUGCACUGGAUGAGGACGUGUGAGCUGCUGCCACCUAUGCGUGUUUGAGCGAAUACUAAUCAGGCAGAGACAGAGUCCCAUUGACCACGCAGCACAAUGGAGAAGCGACAGCAGCAAAAACAGAAGAAUCCCAUUAUUGCAUCUUUUUUCCACAUUGCACCGUGUUUGUGUGGGCACCGCCCGCUGCCUCUGUGUGGAGGCUGUCACUCGCACAAUGCGGCCCUUGUGCCGCAGAGGAAACCUGAGCCAACACAGCUUCCUCUGCACGGCCCCAGAGCCGUGUGGUGGUGAAUGCAGGCCACAGUCCUGCUUGGCAGCAGCCUUCUGGGAAAGGUUAGCAAACAGGGUGCCCAUCGCUCUACAGUAUGAGCUGAAUGCUGCACAGCAGGACACAAUCCUCUCAGCAGCCGGACCAUCAGAACCGGACUCCUGCGAUUGGCUCAAAAAGCACCUGCAGAGACAACGACAAAGAAGUGACAUCUUCUAUUGCAGGAAAUGUAAAAAGUCUGCAAACAAACCAAAAGUAAAAUGCAUGAUGUGAACCUCAGUACGUCCCACGUCAGUCUAUGGGCAUCAUUCACUGCAGAUCAUAAAAACCUUGGUCUGCUCAGCAACAUCUGGAGCAGAGAAAACAACAGCCUUGUUGAGUCCCGGUCCGGCGCCACGCGAGGGCGGGACACAGAGGGAGAUGAGCUGAGUGACAGCUGCUCAUUCAGCUCGCGGACUGAGCAACAACAGGUGUCGGCCGAGCAGCGAUGUGAAAACGCUCUCCUUGUGAGCGGAGCAGUUUUAGCUUUGAUUUUUGCUCGGUUGGAACAUCUCCCUUCAUGAUGACUCUGGCUCUGGUUCUUCUUCUGACCUGCUUCACCUGCUCUUCAGCUCUACACACCAGCAGAGCAGCCUCCAAGAAGCUGAAGUAUCUCCUGGAGCCGCCUGUGUUCGCUGAGGUUGUCGGCCGGAGAGGAGACAACGUCACGCUGCCCUGCAUCCUCAGAACCAGACCCAGUCACUACAAAGUGAAGUGGACCAAGCUGGAGCCAGAGGCGCUGGGGCCCGAGAACAUCAUCAUGAUGUCCAACGCGCACGCCUUCAAGCCGUACGGCCCCCUGGGGCCGCGGGCCUCCCUGCGGAGGGCCCACACCAUGGACGCCUCCCUGCAGCUGAGCCGGGUCCAGCUGGAGGAUGACGGCGUGUACCGCUGCGAGCUGGUCAACGGCAUCGAGGACGAGAGCGUCACCAUCACGCUGAGGAUCGAAGGUGUCGUGUUCCCGUAUCAGAGUAAAGACGGACGCUACAAACUCAGCUUCCUCGAGGCCAGGGCUGUUUGUGCCGAGCAGGACGCAGCUUUAGCCACAUUCAACCAGCUCUACCAAGCCUGGACAGAGGGUCUGGACUGGUGCAACGCCGGCUGGCUCCGGGACGGAACGGUCCACUACCCCAUCAUCCAUCCUCGGCCCGUCUGCGGAGGAGAGCUGCGUCCCGGCAUCCGUAGUUACGGAGCCAAGGACAAGGAGCGGGAUCGCUUUGACGCGUUCUGCUUCACGUCUCAGACGCCGGGCUCCGUCUUCUACGUGUCAGGCUCCUUCUCCAUUGAGCAGGCGGAGCGGGCAUGUGAACGUCACGGGGCUGACUUGGCGUUGGUGGGACAUCUCUACGCGGCCUGGCGUUUCCAGAGCUUUGACCAGUGUGACGGCGGGUGGUUAAAGGACGGAAGCGUGCGCUACCCCAUCAGGAACCCCAGGAGGCGCUGCGGGGGCGUCUCCGAGCCAGGAGUGCGUAGCGUGGGCUUCCCCGACGGGAGCGCACACCUCUACGGAGCCUACUGCUACAGGUAGCGUCAGGUAACGUGGACGAGGGUCCCGGAGCACGUCCCCACGGCCGGAACGCGAGUAACAGCGAGUAACAGCGAGUAACAGUAACAGUAACAGCAACAGCAACAGCAACAGCAACGACAACAACAACAACAACAACAACAACAGCAGCGACAACAACAACAACAACAAGAACAACAAGAGCAACAACAACAACAACAACAGCAGCGACAACAACAAGAACAACAAGAGCAACAAGAGCAACAACAACAGCAACAACAACAGCAGUGACAACAACAACAACAACAACAGCUACAGCUACAGUGAGAACAGCAACAGCAACAACAACAGCAACAGCAGCGACAACAACAAGAACAACAACAGCAACAACAGUGAAAACACAACAACAGCAACAACGAGAACAACAACAGCAACAGCAGCAACAACAAGAAGAAGAACAACAGCAACAACAGUGACAACAACAACAGCAACAACGAGAACAACAACAGCAGCGACAACAACAAGAACAACAACAGCAACAACAACAACAACAGCAUAAGAAACAAAAGUGGCAGUCACGUCAUGAUGAUAAUGAAGUUAGUCCAUGUGUGACUUCUGUCAACACAUGCAGAGACGCUGCAGCUUCUGCAGCUUCAGUCACUAAUGGAAUCAUUAAAGAAAUCUGUCGUGUGUAAAUCUGCAGCUGAAAAGCUUCUGACGUUCAUCUAACAAACAGCUUCCUCAGCAGACGCACACAUGAUGAGUCGAGUUAAUGUUGUGUUGUUUGUGAAAUUAAAUAAACCAUUUGAAAAAUC